AAACAACCACAUCUAAACUUUUCAGAUGCUCUUGACAUUUAAUUAAUAAUUCAAAGAUAGAACUGUGCACAGAAGUCGUGCCGUGACAGCGCCAUGUCAUUGUCAGCCACAGUUUCAGACGAUAUUGUUUACAUUGGUAUUUUUCCACUUUCACAUCAAUAAUUGAUAUGCAUGGAUAAGAGACGAGUUACAGUGAUGAUAAUCACGAAACGUUUAGUAAUAAUGGUCAUGUCAGUGUUGCUCGCGCUGUACACUAGCAGGCUGUUCAACGACAAGCGAGCGUUGGCGCAGCCGCCCCAGGUGGCACAUGAUAACUACUGGGACCAUGUACUAAAUAAUUACGGAAUACCCUUUUUACAAUUUUGUAUUACAUCGUUCUACAAAUUAUAUAUAAAGUUAACUGUUUAUAACGCAUUAAUGUUUAGCAUGAAAUAUUUACCAUCCGGAGUAUAUCUGUACAAGUUUGUGAGCAGUGUGUACCGUACUUCGAGAGAACGUCUGAAGAUAAAACAAAUAGAACUCGAAGAUUUAGUUUUAGAGAUCGCGAUGGUGAAGACGAAGCAGAUGAUUAGCGAGGCGGAGUGCACGGAGCUGCUGGCGCUGCAGGAGCGCGAGGCGGCGCGCCUGCGCGACAUGCGCCAGCGCGUGCAGGCGCUCCUCGACGGCGACCACGCGCUGCGCAAGCUGCUCGACACCUUCACCGUCGAGAGGCCUCACCCCUUGGGACAUCAUACCAGCGAUCAAGACCUUAACUUGAUUGAACUCCUGGCAUUCAAUAAGAAUGGAUUAGCAGACAGAACAAACGAGAGCGUAGAGGACUCCAGAGAGGAGCCCGUCUCCGUGAAGAGCGAAUACUCGUCGGUGAGCGAAGCGGAAGUCGAAAAGGACUGUCGCAUCAAAAUCAUUGAAGUGACCAACGUCUACAAAGUAGCGUAUCUCAAGCACUACAUCAAGCAGAAGCGAAUCCGUCGAUGUAGCCGACACGCUUUGUUAAAGAAAAAGAUGUCAAACAUCAAGAAGAUGUUGGAGAGCUGGCAAAAGGCCCUCCACAUGGUAAUGAAGGACCACCAAUACAUGGUGCGGCAAGACCGGGACGAGACGAGUGAGACAAUCAGCACCCCGCGGCCGGUCCACUCCGACACCGACCUCGCGGUCGAACAGUACAGCCCCGACUGGGACCACCCCGGCCCUUACAAGAACUACUAUCGGGAGCCUGGAAUAACGGAAUGUUCAGAUGACUACCCAUGCCACGAGUACGACGAACAAUAUUACGGAAACUGCUACGAGGAGACCGAAACGUCGGUGUAUGAGGAGCAAGAGUCGAGGUGCGAAGCGCUCGGCGCGCCGUACGAGCGGCCGCCGCUGCCGCGCCUGCUCGAGGAGACUAGCAGCCAGCUGCUCGCCCUGCAGGACCUCACUCUCGACCACAACGAUUCCUCUAACGACUUGAUCGCGAUUUAA